AUGGCAGAUCUCAAGGCAGCUUUGACUCGGUUUGUCCUGGACCCGGCGCAUCAUGAAGUGCUUUCGAUCCUGAAGGGUGCGAGGAACGGUAUCGUGUACGGUGCCAAGAUCCGUUUCCCCCAUGCGCUGGUCAUGGUGUUUUUGUUCGGCAGCGGCACCCCGCGUGAGAAGUUCCGCAAGAUCUUGACGGCGACGCGCCAGCACGCCUCGCGUCUGGGUAUGUACGUCGCGCUGUACAAGACCGUGAUGAUCGUCCUGCGUGAUCUCUUCCAUAAUGGCAAGCAAAACCCGAACGAUUCGUUCAUUGCGGGCCUCAUCGGCGGUUGGUACAUGUUCGGCGAGCGCACUCCGGUCAACGAGCAGAUUGUCCUCUACUGUGUGGGCCGGUGCAUUGCCUCGCUCCUCCCUCGCGCAGAUGUGCCUUCGAAUUACCCCUCGAAUAAGGUUAUCCCUGUGGACAACACCUCUCACCAGAUCUUUGCCGCGCUCACGUGGGGCUGGGUUAUGUGGCUCUUCACGAACCGCCGCCAGAACCUCAACGGUGGUCUGGUGAACAGCAUGGACUACCUCUACGUGCUUUCUGACAAGUGGGACAGUCUGCGCAAUCUCUUCUGGCACAAUGUGUAA